AGCGCCGCAGGGAACCAACAGACACGCUGGAGUUUAACAAACAGCAAUACUCUUCGCGCUCCUGAAAAGCAGGGCUGGACGCUCUCCGUGGUGCUGAAACGCCUCGCAGCCGCCGCUGUCCGUGGUAUCUACGGCCCCCUCGCUCCAAUUUCCCCUGGGGCUCUCCCUCCGCGCCCCUGUUCCCCGCCUCCCUUUAACAUCUGGAUUAUUCUUUUCAAUAGCGCUUUCUGGUUUUGUAAGUGCCAAUUUGAAACAUUUUUGUCCCCAUAACUCGUGGACUACAAAGCACAAGGACCUGAAAAAUGCACAGCUUCAAUACUCUUCGACUCUACCUUUGGGAGACCAUUGUAUUCUUCAGCCUUGCUGCUUCUAAGGAGGCUGAAGCUGCUCGCUCCGCACCCAAGCCUAUGUCACCCUCGGAUUUCCUGGAUAAGCUAAUGGGGAGAACCUCUGGAUAUGAUGCCAGGAUCAGGCCCAAUUUUAAAGGUCCCCCAGUGAACGUGAGCUGCAACAUUUUCAUCAACAGCUUUGGUUCCAUUGCUGAGACAACCAUGGACUAUAGGGUCAACAUCUUCCUGCGGCAGCAAUGGAACGACCCCCGCCUGGCCUAUAACGAAUACCCCGAUGACUCUCUGGACCUAGACCCAUCCAUGCUGGACUCCAUCUGGAAACCUGACCUGUUCUUUGCCAACGAGAAGGGGGCCCACUUCCAUGAGAUCACCACAGACAACAAAUUGCUAAGGAUCUCCCGGAAUGGGAACGUCCUCUACAGCAUCAGAAUCACCCUGACACUGGCCUGCCCCAUGGACUUGAAGAAUUUCCCCAUGGAUGUCCAGACAUGUAUCAUGCAACUGGAAAGCUUUGGAUAUACCAUGAAUGACCUCAUCUUUGAGUGGCAGGAACAGGGAGCCGUGCAGGUAGCAGAUGGACUAACUCUGCCCCAGUUUAUCUUGAAGGAAGAGAAGGACUUGAGAUACUGCACCAAGCACUACAACACAGGUAAAUUCACCUGCAUUGAGGCCCGGUUCCACCUGGAGCGGCAGAUGGGUUACUACCUGAUUCAGAUGUAUAUUCCCAGCCUGCUCAUUGUCAUCCUCUCAUGGAUCUCCUUCUGGAUCAACAUGGAUGCUGCACCUGCUCGUGUGGGCCUAGGCAUCACCACUGUGCUCACCAUGACCACCCAGAGCUCUGGCUCUCGAGCAUCUCUGCCCAAGGUGUCCUAUGUGAAAGCCAUUGACAUUUGGAUGGCAGUUUGCCUGCUCUUUGUGUUCUCAGCCCUACUAGAAUAUGCUGCUGUUAACUUUGUGUCUCGGCAACAUAAGGAGCUGCUCCGAUUCAGGAGGAAGCGGAGACAUCACAAGGAGGAUGAAGCUGGAGAAGGCCGCUUUAACUUCUCUGCCUAUGGGAUGGGCCCAGCCUGUCUGCAGGCCAAGGAUGGCAUCUCAGUCAAGGGCGCCAACAACAAUAACACCACCAACCCCCCUCCUGCACCAUCUAAGUCCCCAGAGGAGAUGCGAAAACUCUUCAUCCAGAGGGCCAAGAAGAUCGACAAAAUAUCCCGCAUUGGCUUCCCCAUGGCCUUCCUCAUUUUCAACAUGUUCUACUGGAUCAUCUACAAGAUUGUCCGUAGAGAGGAUGUCCACAACCAGUGAAGGGUCUGAAAGGUUGGGGGAGGCUGGGAGAGGGGAACGUGGGAAUAGCACAGGAAUCUGAGAGACUAAGGAAGAGAAGGGGAAGAGAGGGAGGGGGCACACUUACACAACUCUCUCUGCAAUAUGUGCAAUAGCAAAAUGCAGUGAUGCAUGAAUUUUACAAUGUGGCACUAUUUAACCUCGGGUGGGCUGUGGGCGGGGGGUCAGGAGGGAUUUUUCUAAUAUAGGAACUGAGGGCUGGGAGGAAGGGAGGGGGUAAGGGCAGGGGGUGGGGGAUUGGGGAAAUAAUAGCUUUCAAAAAUCUCAGUCCAUGGGCUGUGCAGUUUUCCUGUUGGGAAGGAGAGCGCAGUCUGCCCCAGAGCAGAAAGAAAGCAAUGUAAUAUAUGAUAUAUAUUCAUGCUUAAUAUUAAUGCAAAACCCGAAAAACAAAAGAUUUGUUUCUUAACCUAUCAGCCUAGUAACUGCUUAAAUUUUUAAAGUCACAGAAGUAAUGGACAAUUUUUCCCAGAGUAGAAACAGUCACAAAUAAGCUUGCUCUGGUGUAUGUCCCACAUCAUACCCCUCCAAAUGCCAUACCUGUCUUCAAACUGACCCAGGCGGACACAUGCCAAAAAGCCAUUUUGCCUCUGCUUCAAGAGGGCUGUGUGGUAUGGGAAUGGGUAGUGGAAAUGGGGACAGGUGGAGAGACGAGAAGGGAGUGACUAAGAGACGGACAUUUCAGAGGCCAAGGACUGAGAAUGUAGGUAACCCCAGCUCAACCCUCACACCUCAAGGCUGAGGACCACAAUUGC